UAGUUUUGUUGAGUUUGUCCUCAUUGGGCCACCGUACGAGAGCUGGUGGGAUUCGAGGAAAUGCAUGUAGAGAGGACCUAUUUGUAACUGUACAAAUAAAUCAAAAGUAAAAUGAGUUACCUUUAAGAUUAAUUUGAUAGAGGAAAUCAGUGCAAAGUACGUGUCAAAGAAAAUCAGCAAAACGAGAUGGAGACCGGUCUCAUCUUCGUCUUUACAGCAACCAGACAUCUUUGCUACUGGGUCUUGAGACAACGAGGACAACAACAUUUCCAUUUGGUCCAUCGGAGAGAAUGGGGUCUCCAGUAUGGACGAUGAAUUUGAGGGAGACCCUCAAUUAGUAUGUUUAUACAAACAUAAUGGGGAUGUUCUGGACCUUCAAUUUCUGGAUCUAGACAGAAUAGUAACAGCAUCAUCAACUGGAGCGGUGAAUAUCUUUCGGCAUCACCACAACAGCCAGGUACUCAGCAGGAUGCAGAUGUGAAGUAAUUAGAGACUUGAAGCUCCUCUUGGCCCCUGAUACCCUCACAGUGACGCACUGCUGUGUGCUACCCUGUUGUCCCCUUUGGCUGUCAACCUACAUGUUCUUACAUGAAGAGAGGGGAGAAACCCGAAGGAUAUCGACAGAUGCGACCAAAGACUUUCCCUGCUAGCAACUACAGUGUUAACAGCCACCAGAUGCUGCAGGAAAUUCGGGAGAGUCUCCGGAACCUGUCCCGGCCUUCUGACCCCCCUAAGGUGGACAUGGGGUGUGCUGGUAUAGUGGUGCCUGAAGACCCCAGGCAGCAAGGGCGCUGCAGCAACCCCAGAAACCCCUACCACAAAGCCUUGCAGGAGAUUCGCAAGUCCCUGAUGCCUUUUGCCAAUGAGCCCAGCUCUUCUGGACGGACUGCAGAGGUUAACAAACAGAUGUUGCUGGAGCUGCUAUCUGCUGGCUUUGAGGAGGAAAUGGUGAUCUGUGCUCUGAAGCAGACCAACAGUCGCAGCGUGGAGGCAGCCAUAGAGUACAUUAGUAAGAUGAGCUACCAGGAUCCUGUGAGGGAGCAGAUGGUGGCUGCCGCCGCCCGCCCCGUUAAUGCAGGCAUGAAAGCCCCCGGUUCAUCUAACAUCCAGCAGCCUGUGCUGAGGAGGCAGAGCUGGAAGGGUUCCAAGGAGUCCCUUGUUCAGAGACAUGGCCACUUGAUGGUGGAGGGGAUGAUGUACCGUUCAGACAGCCCUGGACCCCAGGGUGACCUGGCGGGACGAGGCCCUCCCCCAGCCUUCCCACAGGGCCACCCUGGCAACAACCCACGGGUCAACCCUCCCCUACCCCCUCAAGUGCGCAGUGUCACCCCUCCCCCAAAUAGGGGUGGAACCCCGCCUCCACCCUCCUGGGACAGUAACCCCUCCACCAAGCGCUUCUCUGGCAACAUGGAUUACCUGGUGCCCCGUAUUUCUCCUGUUCCUCAAGGAGCCUGGCCCGAUGGCUACUCAGCCCCAGCCCCCCAUAACCAGAGGGGCAUCAGCCCAGUGCCCAUGGGCCGUCAGCCCAUCAUCAUGCAGAGCUCUGGGGGGAACAAGUUCAGCUUCCCCUCCGGCUGGUCUCAGAACAGCUCCCCUCAACCAGACUACAUGGGACACCAGAGUGGCGGUAGCAGACAACUCCCUCCCCCUUACCCAGUGAACCAGAGCAGUAGACAAAGCCCCACCGCUCAGCAGAUGCAGGCCGGAGGUCCUGCCUCCUCCCCAUCCUACGUCAACAGUGGUAACCUCCCCCAGUCCAUGAUGGUGCCUAACCGGAACAGUCACAACCUUGACAUGUACAACAUGGGCGUGCCGCAGUCCUGGUCCCAAGCACCCCCCGGCCAGCCCCAGUCCUCCCCAGGUAGCAGCAACCAGGACAUGUCCCCCUCAUGGCAGCCGCACAGCAUCCCUGUCCGAUCCAGCUCCUUCAACAGCCACCAGAUGAGCAACAGGCAGGGCCACCCAGCCAGCUCCCAGCCCUCUGCCACUACAGUGACCGCCAUCACCCAGGCCCCCAUCCUGCAGCCCGUUAAGAGCAUUCGUGUGCAGAAGCCUGAGCUACACACUGCUGUGGCCCCCACACACCCACCCUGGAUGCACCAGCCCCCACCCUCUCCAUCUCCCACUACCUACCAGGAGCCACUACCAGCUGCACCCAUGCCCCACAUACCCAUUACAGUAGCAGAGGUGCCCAGUUACCAAGGUCCUCCACCCCCAUACCCCAAACACCUCCUCCAGCAGCCUGCUGCACUCUGCCCUGCCUAUGACCCAGGGCCCAAGCCCAGUUCUGGGAGAGAGGAGGCUGCAGAGGAAGAGGAGUGUAGCAGCAGCUCUAGUGACAGGCCAGAAGGCCCAGACUCUGCUGCUGUGGGAACAGAGAAGGAGAAUAAACAGAUCACCACGUCUCCGGUGCCUAUGCGCCGGAACAAUAAAGAUGAGGAGCGGCGAGGAGACCCCAGGGUGCCACUCUACUCUCCCCAGGCCUUCAAGUUCUUCAUGGAGCAGCACGUUGAGAACGUCUUGAAGAACCACCAGAUGAGGAUCCAUAGGAAGAAGCAGCUGGAGAGUGAGAUGCAGAGGGUUGGGUUGUCAGGGGAUGCCCAGGAGCAGAUGCGCAUGAUGCUGUCUCAGAAAGAGUCCAACUACAUCCGACUGAAGCGGGCCAAGAUGGACAAGUCCAUGUUCAAGAGGAUCAAGACCCUGGGCAUCGGAGCCUUUGGAGAGGUGUGUCUAGCCCGGAAGGAGGACACAGGAGCCCUGUACGCCAUGAAGACGCUGCGCAAGAAGGACGUUCUCCUCAGGAACCAGGUGGCCCACGUCAAGGCAGAGAGAGACAUCCUGGCUGAGGCUGAUAAUGAGUGGGUGGUGCGGCUCUACUACUCCUUCCAGGACAAGGACAACCUGUACUUUGUGAUGGACUACAUCCCCGGAGGAGACAUGAUGAGUCUGCUGAUCAGGCUGGGCAUCUUCAAAGAGGACUUGGCUCAGUUCUAUAUCGCUGAGCUCACCUGCGCCGUGGAGAGUGUGCACAAGAUGGGCUUCAUCCACCGCGACAUCAAGCCAGACAACAUCCUUAUAGACCGGGACGGACACAUCAAGCUCACCGACUUUGGCCUCUGCACCGGCUUCCGUUGGACGCACGACUCUAAGUACUACCAGAGUGGAGACCAUGUUCGGCAGGACAGCAUGGACUUCAGUAAGGAAUGGGAGCAGGACCCAGCUAACUGUCGCUGUGCAGACCGGCUCAAGCCCCUGGAGAGGAGGAAGGCGAGGCAACACCAGCGCUGUCUGGCCCACUCCCUGGUGGGGACACCCAACUACAUCGCUCCAGAGGUGCUGCUCAGAACAGGAUACACCCAACUGUGUGAUUGGUGGAGUGUUGGUGUCAUUCUGUAUGAAAUGGUGGUUGGGCAGCCUCCUUUCUUAACAACUACACCCCUGGAAACCCAGCUCAAGGUGAUAAACUGGCAGACCACCCUGCACAUCCCCCCUCAAGCCAAGCUGAGCCGAGAGGCAUCGGACCUCAUCAUUAAACUAUGCCGCGGCCCUGAGGACCGCCUCGGCAAGAACGGUGCCGACGAGAUCAAAGUGCAGCCCUUCUUCAAGACCAUCGACUUCUCUAAUGACCUGCGGCAGAUGCAGCCGGCCCCCUACAUCCCCACCAUCGCUCACUGCACAGACACCUCCAACUUUGACCCAGUGGACCCAGAUAAGCUGUGGAGCAGCGACAACGAAGCAGAGGGCAAACACAAUGACACCCUCAAUGGGUGGUUCAGGAACGGCAAGCACCCCGAGCACGCCUUCUACGAGUUCACCUUCCGCCGCUUCUUUGACGACAACGGCCACCCCUACAGCUGUCCCAAGCCCAUUGGCAUAGAGUAUGAGGAGGGAUCUGAUGGGGACGAGGCAGACUCUGAUGCCCCUGCACAGGAGGAGGGAGACCAGGAAGAGAGCAGCAGGAGGGCACAGGGCCGUGAUUUGGUGUAUGUGUAGUAUCUUCUAUGAACAUCUUUGUUCUGCUGGACUGUUGGUACAUAAUAGGUCUGGGAAACAGGUUGCUGGUUUGUCAGAGAGCUGGUCAGGAGUUGGGUAUAUGACAUGCGUGUGUAUUCAGCUGCUGCUUCUGUGGGGCGGAACAAUUAGGACCAGAUAUAAUUGUACCAUACAGAGCAGAUACGCAGUACAUAUAACUACACUACAGUAUAGUCUCUCUACACGACAGUCUGCAGGAGGAGAGUUUAGUCUUUCACACUAUAGGUGUAUUCAUGGGGUUGUACAGGGUACGCUUUAUAGGCUGUCUGACUGAACAGACAAAAAGGAAUUGAAAGCAAGAAUAUCAGGGUGCUUUUCGAAGACUUACAAACCCUGUUUUAAGCCUUAAAUACAUUAAGAUAUUACAAACUGGUGAUGCUAGUUGAUACUCAUAGGUAUGGGAUUUUUUUUUUUUUUACAACUAUUGGCAAUUGUCUUAAUUUAUAUUUGAGUAGGUCUAUUGCAAUGGGGAUAUAUUAGUGAUAUCACUGGUAGAAUUUGCAGGGAUAAGUAAAUCUUGAAUUGUUCAUUGCUGUGCCUUUGAUCUUCUGCUCUCUUUCACCAAAUACUGUAUGGGAGGGAAUAAUCGGUCUGGCAUUUUAAACUAGACUUAGUUGAUUGAACUAGGGUUUUGUGUAUUUUUUAAAUGUAUACAUAAAAUCUAUUUAUAAAUUGUUGUACACAUUUGUAAAUAUUUUUUGCUCUAUCUAUUCGGUUGGUUAGUUGAUAUUCAUUAGGGCAGGCCCUCAUUAUUCCCCUAAUUUCUUUCCUCUGUAAUAAUUGAGAGCGAUCAUUCCACUGUCUAUUUUGUUUCCUGGUUGCUGAAAGAGGCCAAUCUGAAAGGUACCUUUUGCAAUAAUACUAUAAAAAAACAAAAAACAGAUGGAAUGACUGGGGCCGACAGGCUCCGUUAUGCUGUUUACAGUACAUUUUCUUCUCUCAUUCACUUCCACGGUAGCAUCUGCCUUCAUCACUUCUGACAUUGUAUCUCAACCAAAGCACUAUGCUGUGUAUGUAUGAGCCCACUGACAUGGCAAACCUGUUCAUGAAGGACUGAUACUGUACUGAAAAAUAGAAUGAUAAACUGGCACUCUUUAGUAGCCCACAGCUCAUAGUGGAUAGAUGGGUCGCCUCCCCUAUCCCAUACUUUGCCUUUUAUUAGUGACUUGGAAAGAUUUGAAUGUAGUUAUGGAAUAUGCACUGUUCUUGUUGAGAUCAUGUAAAGAUGACUUAAUGUGAUUUAUGGUGUAAAUGUUUUUUCAGGGGUUGGGUGCAGGGAGAAGGGCUGAUGAAUAAAGAAUGUAAAGCACUUCCCCGAA